AAUAUGGCGACUUACUACAAACUUCGUUGCUGUGUCACUGGGCAUGAAAAAGAUGUUCGUGCGCUUACAGCUUUGGCGAUUCCCGAUGACUCUUUUUUGUCCGGGUCAAGAGAUGUAACAGCUAAAGUUUGGGUGCCGAAUGAGUCAGAUAAUGGAUUCCAUGAAGGUCAUGUCAUGUCAGGCCACAGUAACUUUAUUUCUUCUGUCUGUUAUAUGCCACCAGAUGAAACUUACCCACAAGGCAUCAUUCUUACAGGAAGCAAUGAUUCAACCAUACUAGCUUUUACAUUGAAUUCUCCUGCACCAAUCUACAAACUUGAAGGACACACUGAAAAUGUUUGUGCACUAACAGCUGGCAAGUUUGGUACAUUACUGAGUGGAUCCUGGGAUAAAACAGCUAGAGUCUGGUUAAGGCAAAAAUGUGUUAUGAAAUUAGAAGGACAUCAAGCAGCAGUAUGGGGUGUUGGCAUCAUGCCAGAACAUGGAUAUAUGUUAACAGGAUCAGCAGACAGAACCAUUAAACUUUGGAAGGCAGGAAGAUGUGAGAAGACAUUCACAGGUCAUGAAGAUUGUGUUAGAGGAAUUGCAGUUCUUGGAUCGGGAGAAUUUCUAUCAUGCUCCAAUGAUUCAACAAUCAGACGAUGGGCAAUAACUGGUGAUUGUUUACAGAUUUACUACGGACAUGAGAACUUUGUUUACAGUAUAUCUAUACUACCCAAUGGUCAGGACUUUGUUAGUAGUAGUGAGGAUAGAACAGUGAGGGUAUGGAGGGAUGGUACCUGUGUACAGACAAUUCCCCAUCCUACAAUGUCUGUGUGGACUGUCUGUGUUCUAGGAAAUGGAGACAUUGCUAGUGGUGCAAGUGAUGGUGUUAUAAGAGUGUUUACAACAGAAGGGAGUAGAGUGGCUAAUACAGAGGAGUUAACAGCAUUUGAUACUGCAGUAUCUACUGCAGAGGUGCCUACGCAAGUAGGAGAUAUAAAAAUGUCAGAUUUACCUGGCCCUGAGGCAUUGUUAAACCCUGGAAAGAAAGAUGGUCAGACAAAAAUGGUCAAAACAGAUGGUGGCAAAGUGGAGUUGUAUCAUUGGGAAGCAGCUGCAACACAAUGGAAGAAGAUUGGUGAUGUUGUAGGCUCCAGUGGAGGAAGCCAGGCAACAUCUGGUAAAGCUCUUCAUGAUGGAAAGGAAUAUGACUAUGUAUUUAGUGUAGACAUUGAGGAAGGAAAACCUCCUCUAAAGUUACCAUAUGACAUCAAAGAGGAUCCAUGGUUUGCUGCUCAAAGGUUUCUACAAAACAAUGGUCUAAGUCCACUAUUCCUGGACCAAGUAGCUAACUUUAUCAUUGAUAACACCAAAGGAGUCACUCUGGGCCAGGGAGCACCCCAAGUCAGUGACCCUUUCACAGGUGGAGGCAGGUAUGUUCCACAAUCAGUAGGAGGAACAGGUACAACAGGUGGGGCAGAUCCUUUGACAGGGUCAGGACGAUAUGUUCCUGGCCAAACCGAUACAAAGGGUCCUGCUAGCAAUGGAGUAGAUCCUUUCACAGGUGCCAGCAGUUACCAAACCAAAGGGACUGGUACUACAGCAUCAAAAGACAAUUCUUACUUUCCUCUAAAGACCUUUGUAACAUUUGAAACUGCCAACCCACAACAAAUAAUAGGUAAACUGAAAGAAUUCAACAUAAAGGUUGACCAGUCUAUGCAAGUUGAAGAAAGUCAUUUAGAAAAACUACCAGCCUUGAUUGAUGGAACAAGUACAGACACAUUAAAUACAUUGGAGAAAAUGUUAUCAUGGCCAAAUGAAAUGGUGUUUCCAGCUUUAGAUGUUCUGAGAAUGUGUGUGCUGACGUCUCUCAAUAAGGUUGUAUGUGAGAAAGAUGGACUUGUGGAUAAACUUGUAAAGUUCAUUUCUUCCAAUGUAGGACCCACUCAAAUGCUUGCAUUGAGGACAUUGUGUAACAUGUUUAAAGGUCAAACUGGUGAAAAGAUGUGUGUUAAACAUAGAGAUUUUAUUUUGACCUCUGCACUCAACUGCAAAGCAUCAACAAAUAAAAAUAUCGUAAUAGCUUUGGCAACACUUCUGAUGAACUACUCUGUACAUUUACAAGACAAGUUAGAUCCUGAAGCUAAAUCACAGUGUUUAAUUGCUGCCGGAAAUGUGUUAGAAAAUACAAACAUUGAUUCUGAAGCUGGAUUUAGACUGUUAGUGUGUAUAGGGACUUUAAUAGACAGUGAUCCAAACAUGAAAGAAUUAGCUCGAUCAAUUAAUGCCAAGACGGUCAUAUUUCCAUUAAAGAAGAGAGCUGAACCACAAAAACUUAUUGACUGUGCCACAUUUGUGUUUAAUGUACUUUGACAUCGUUUAAUUGUAGGAAAAAUCACUAGAGCUCCAUCCAAACAAAUUUAUUUUUGUCAUUUAAAUUCAUUAAAUUAAUUUAUCCAUUA